AUGGAACUCAAGAACAAGGCACUCUCUGAUCAGGUCUAUAUCUUCAAUACGUUCUUUUACCAACGAUUGCUUUCCAAGCCAGCCAAAGGCGCCACGAGUUCGUACAAUUCUAUCAAGAGCUGGACAGCCAAGGUCGACAUAUUUUCCAAAAAGUAUAUCGUCGUACCUAUCCACGAAAAUUUGCACUGGUAUCUGGUUGUGAUUGUCAACCCAGGACUACUUCUCCAGAUGGCGGAAACGAUUGAGCAGUUGAAGGUCUCAGUUGCACCUAUGAAGGCCGACUCUGGUAUUUUGCUUCAAAGCGCGGACAACAGCGGAUGUGGCAAUGUGUCAUCGCCAGGAAGCGAUGCCAAGACGCCACCCUCAGGAGACGAUAUGGAUGUAGACGUGGAGACCAGCCCGUCUCCAAAAGCAGGGCGCACUACCGCCGAAGAAAAACCUUACAUUCUUUGCUUGGAUUCGCUUGGAGGCACACACCCUACGGUGUUCAAGGUUCUUCGAUCGUAUCUGCAACAGGAGCUGUCGGCAAGGAAGGGUCUCGAGAUGGCGUUGACGACCAAGGAGAUUGCAGGAAAAUACUCUUCAAGAUGCCCAAAGCAGGAGAACUUGUGGGAUUGUGGAGUGUACCUGUUGCACUAUGCUGAAGUCUUCUUGCGGAACCCCAGCGGACUUUUGGACGGCAUCCAGAGCAAGACUGACGACAAGACGACUUGGGCCACAUCAGAGCUGCCCACGAAGCGCGAGAAGUACAGGGAGAUCAUGGUGACACUCAAGCAAGGAUACAAGGCCUACCAGAUCAGCCAGGAGUUCAUUGAAGAUUUUAAGGAGAAGAACAAGGAGAAGUCGACGACUGACUCUGCGCGACGUAGAUCUGGUGGUUCCCCAUGUGAGGCAGAUUCAAAGGAAAUGGCACAGAAAGAAAAGUCUGUGUCUCCUUCUGGCGGGUCGAGCGAGUCUGGCGGUGACGGGGAGGGUGGCAAUGUCAAUGACAGACGGUUGAGCAAGGAUUGUGGAGAUCGGGGCGGUGGAGAUGAUGCCAGCUUGGCUAGGAAGCCGAGCCGGGAACUUCGCAAGAUGGACACUGAGCUGUAG